AAUAAACAUGAGCAAUCAUUCUUCAAAAGCCAAUAACGAAAGAUUUCGAAACACAUGAACCUACAGCAAGGCAGCUCUAUCCGGCCAGAGCAGCCUUGACACUUUAGUCAAGAAGUCAGACAUAUCUGAAAACUCGGGCCUUAACAUCACGAAGCCGAUGGAUGACUCAGGCAGCCACUUUGUUGAGCUAGCCCAGUACUCAAAGAUGGAUUUUAUCACCAAAAACAGUAAAUCAGCUAAAAAGAGUCUUAAGAGCAGCACUUUGGGGAGAAAUCAUAUUCCUUUUAUCCUGACUGACUUCAACACACCCGAGAAGAGGAACACAUACUAUGAUGAUGACCCUCUCGAGCUCCAGGACAAAGGCCUUACUGGACAAACCAUUAAUGACAAGAUCGAUUCGAGUAAAGAGAUUGGCAUUGAAUGCAGAGAAAUGACUAUCAAGGCCAAGCACGAUACUAUCUCAGUAAUGCAAGAUAAUUACCACAAAAAUGGGCCUACCAAUGAAAGCAAGUUUCUACAGGUCCUGUCGAACACAAGGGCUGUCUACGAGUAUGCCUUAUUCGAGGAAUACCUGCUGGAAAUUCUUAAGAACAAUGAUCUUGGAGAGUACAUGGAUGAUUACGUCCAACUCCUUGAUUCUAAUGACAUUGACUACCACAAAUGAAUCAUUGACCUAGGACAGAGCUCACUACAGAGAUUCCUGAUCAACCACGAGAAAAGGGUCUUUGAGUUCCCUCCACAAGAGACUGAUAACCUGAUGGUUGUCCGAAAUGGAGAAUGCUCUUCAGACCUAAAACUCAACCGUAAACAGAAGAAGAGGAUUGCCAAUAAUGUCCACUACAAUGAGAAGCACCAGGAUGUCAUCUACGAAGCUGUUGAGAAGUGCAAUGAGGUACUAGGACCAAUUCGCAGAAGGAUGUCCAAAUGGGAUUACAUCAUAUUUGCAUACAUCAUCAUUGGACUCCUAGUUUCAGGCGGUUUAGGGUUCAUCCUGCUGUAUUACCUUCACUACAUCCUCAGCAUAGUAGUAGGUAUAGUCUUUAUCUGAGGAAUCAUAUUCUUGUUAUGGUAUUCCAAAAAGAAUGCGCAUGAGGUAUUGCUGUCAUCCCACAUAUGCAUGGCUUUCAUUGCAAGCUACUUCAACCUAAAGUACACAGAUAGGUCCUUAACUUUCCAGCCUUGACUAGCCAAGCGAGCCAGUCAUAAUAUCUCAGCUGAGUACCAGAGUGAGAUUGACUGAGACAGAUCUAAAGUCCCGCUCCAGAACUCCCAAGCUAGUGUCAAGAUCAAAUUCAUGCCUGGAUAUCUGGGAAAAUGGCUUGAGAUCCACAUUGUCCCCUCCCAGGAUCAGAGAAAGUUGUAUGCAGACCAAAGUUUGGGAGGCAACUAGAAUCCCCCAGUUUUCUUCCUCACUUAAAUUUCAUUUUUUGAUGAUUCCAAUUAAGG